AGCCACCGGUACGGAAGUUCGUUUCGGGACCAAUCUCCUCACAUUUUGUGUUUCAACGAUCGUUACCUACGAUACCAGCAUCGCCAAGAGAUUGUUCUUGGAGCUAUGUAUCAUGUUCCGGUCUAUGGCAUCGCAGUGGGAGAUGAAUGAGGGAGAUUUUUCGAAAUUCCUCAUUCGUUGGCUCUGUUUCAGCUGCAGUCUGCGACUUGUUCCUUUCGAGAGAAGGACCUAGCAAAAAAGAAGCAGAGCUUGUCUCGACUUGAUCACUCGUGCCGAUAUAUUUCAUUGAUCUUCUUCAAUCAUGGAGUCUGUCGCGUCGUUGAACGAAGUGAGUUGCUUUGAUCUGGACCUUUUGUGUAUGGGUCCCGACGUGGUGACUACUCCUCGAACCAUUCAAACGGAAGAGGAUGAAGAACAGGGUCGAUCAUCGUCUCGUCGCGAAACGCAAAAGAUGGACUAUCUGGUCGAACAACUCGUAAGCAACAAUCGUCUUUCGCAAAAGGCUUCUACUGAUAGUCAUCGCAGUGGACGAAGCAAUCGUAGUGGACGAAGCAAUCGAAGCAACCGAAGUAAGCGCAACAACAAAAAGAACAGCAACACUUCGUCAUCACAUCACAACACGAGCAACCACAAGCCCACAGGAGUUAGUUCCUUGCUUCCCAGCCUCAGUCAUAGUUUGUCUGGAUUGGGCAGGAGCAACAACAACGAGAAUAAUGACCGCAAUAACAGAAACAGCAGCAACAAGAACGCCAACAAGAGCGGAAAUGCAAAGGAUGGUUUCACAACCGAUACCGACACGGAUCUGGAAGAUGGCAACAACAUUCAAGCAAAUGUCAUUAUGAUUAGUGGCUGCGAUGACUCGCAAACAUCCGCUGAUGUCAGCAAUGUCGCCAGCUUUUCCCUUCCCGAUGCCAAUGGCAAGGCGGGAGGAGCCUGUACGUCGGCGUUGCUACAAGUACUCUACGAAAACAAACGAACCAGCGGCACCACCACCAGUCUCUCCUUUAUUCAAGUCCUUCGAAGCAUGCGAAGCAUUCUGGUCAAGGGCCAUUACACACAAAUCCCACAGCUCACAUCGUCCCGACCCGUCGAUACCAACCAGCCCUUUUACAUUGUCCCACCCGAUUGCACAGGAACCAAACGAGCCGUCCUCAUUGGGAUCAACUACACGGGUCACGGACAAGGAGAACUCAGCGGAUGUCACAAUGAUUGCAACAACAUGAAGGACUAUCUCGUCAAUGUCGCGGGAUUCCAAAACGAGAAUAUCUACGUGCUCAUGGACGAUAAUAACGGCCAACACAUGGCUCCUACUCGGUCCAAUAUUCUCAAGGCAUACCAGCAAAUGGCGGCCACUAGUAAAAGUGGCGAUGCCGUUUUCUGUCAUUACUCGGGACACGGUGGUCGAGUCCGUGACGAUGAUUGGCACGAAGAAAAGGACGGCUACGAUGAAACACUCGUGCCGGUCGAUUACAAUACGGCCGGACAAAUUCGCGACGAUGACUUGUACACGACCUUGGUGGCUGCCAUGCCCGCCGGAGUCACACUGGUGUCAUUGAUGGAUUGUUGUCACUCGGGUACCGUGUUGGAUUUGCCCUACAAGUAUCGGAGCAGUACUACGACGGGUGGUAGUAGUACCGUGCUGACCGAGUCGACGCAAUGUCUGGUGUGCACAGACCCCAUGCUUCAUUGGAUUGUGUUGGCCAUGGUGAUUGUGUUUUGUGUCAUUUUCUUUCCCGUGUUUUUUUCGUAAUUGAAGAUGAUUCAUCAGCAAGCCAAACAGAACAGGAGAGAGCACAAAAGGAGAACGGCUGUGUGUUGUGGCAAUCAAUGCAUCAAAUAAUAAUCAUCAUCCGAUGGAAGCGAUCUGGGAACGUGUAGUUGCAGGUGACAGCUUCCAGUCGAAACGAAAUAUUUAUACAUACAUACAAAUACAAAACAAGCGCCCAAGUGCCUCUUUCCUACAAGAGCUUUUGCACCAGAGCAGCUACGUAAACGACAACACGCUAUCCUCGGAUGGCUGUUUGGUGUCGAAAAACUCUAUUCCACUUCCAUCAUUCCGUACAAUAAACCCAUUCAUAAAACAGAAUUGAAAUG